CGCUUCUGCGCACAUUCGCACGCACACACCGACAGACGCACAGCUGCUGCAAACCUGCACUGACAGGAUGGAAAUUGCGAUCAAACAGUUGGACCCGGACUAUGCACUGGGAUUAUUGCCGUUUCCUGCACAUGCGUUUAUUUGCAAAGGGUUGAUUGAUGAUUGUGGCCGGUGUAUUUAUUUCUUCCUGGCUGUCUCAAAGAAAAGAAUCCCCGCGACUGCACGGUGAUGUGAACCGGACAGAGUGAAGCUAUCAGGGGUCAUCCAAUCAGAAGAAGAAGACGAGAAAAACGGCAGCGGGCUGAUUUCGGUCCGCUAAUGGGGGCCUCUCACAGGUGCAGGCCAUCCAUAAAACCUUCCUGCGCUUCUCUUUGGUCUGCGGGAACAUUGUGGCUUCUGUCUGUGAUUAUGAGUGUGUAUGCUUGUCCUAACAUCUGUCACUGCACGGACAGGAACGGUGUGGUGGUGCAGUGCACCUCCAGCAACUUGGAGAACAUCCCAUCCAACUUGCCCAGGGACACAGUAGUUCUCUUGCUUUCGUCAAACCGGAUCAAACACAUCCCGAAGGAGACCUUCACAGACCUCUACCGCCUCAGGGAACUGGACUUGUCUCACAACGCCAUUGACAGUGUGGAGGUCGGCGCCUUUCAAGGGAUCUCCGAGAGCCUGCGGACCUUGGAUCUUUCCAACAACCACCUCAGCAGUCUGCCCAAAGACACCUUGGCCAAGCUGCACGCCCGCAUCCGAUUAUCCCACAACCCUUGGCACUGCGACUGCUCUCUGCAGGAGGUGCUGCGGGAGCUAAAGCUCGACCCCGAGACGGUGAACGAGGUCAGCUGCUACACGGCCGUGCAGGAGGAGUACGUGGGACAACCGGUGAUCCAAGUCCUGGACUCUGGGAUCAACUUUUGCAAUUUCCACCACAAGACGACAGACGUGGCCAUGUUUGUGGCCAUGUUCUGCUGGUUCGCCAUGGUGACUGCUUACAUCAUUUACUACAUCAAACACAACCAGGAGGACGCCAGGAGGCACAUGGCGUACCUCAGGUCCCUGCCCAGCAGUUCCCACAUUAGCAAGGACUACGACACAGCCAGCAGUGGGUUCUAGUUUCCAAAAAGAUGCACCGGUGAAUACAGAUGAAGUGUACCAAGGACUAUGUUUAUGGCACAUAUAGGAAACAUUGAUAAGUGCUGGAUGAUAUACACUGCACAAGGCACAAAGACAUUAGAAACUCGAGUCUUUAAAAGCUACAAAAUAAAACUAACCUCAGACUUGGGACGAGCAGGCAGAACAGUCUAGAUUUGUUUUCCUUCCAUGAUAACAUAAAGGUGGAUAAUUACUUUUUUCACUCAGUGUUCUGUAUAAUGCAUAAAGCCUCUCUAAAAGGUCAACUUUACUAAAACCCCCAAACCGUUUAGCAGAUUAUGUGGUUUAAGAGUUUGCAGUGGAUUUGGUGAACCUGAGAGCCACUUUUGUGUCAGAGUUCAGUGAACUUACUUUAAAAAGAUAAUCCCCACAGCUUCACAGUGGAAUACUUGUAGGAUUGUUUUCGUGAGAGUAUAAAGUUUUAUGAUUUAUAGAAUUUAAAAAAAGAAGAAAUGAAGACUUUUGGGGGAGUAGCAGAAAAAGAGGGAAAAGUUAAUAUUUUGACGUAUUAUAUGUUAAACUCCCUAUCAAGACAAGUGUAUGCUUUUAUCUUAAUGUCAAAAAGUUAUUUUAUUUAAUAAUCCAUAAAAGGAUCUAAGCCAGUGCUGCAGAUUUGGUGGCACUCCUACACCUUACGUUUUUCUACAACUUAAAUGUAAGUUGAAACUUCUGCAUUUA